AUGAAUACUGCAGUCAACAUUGGUGUGGAAGACAUGACUUCAACAGUUGUUAGAUAUGGGUUAUAUCUUGGAGCCAUUUUUCAAAUCCUGUGUUUAGCAGCUUGCAUUUUCAUGUCAGAUAAACCAGAUGAUAACAGCUCUUGGGGUUCACGUGUUGACAGUGAUGAUGAAAGUUCAGAACAUAGCACCCCACAAAAUACUCCCAGGAGACCUUAUCACAAGUCCAGGAAACAAGAAAAGAAGAAGCGUCGUUAA